GCGCCCGGAGGAGAGGCAGCUCUUGUGCGCUUGUGCCGAGUACCUCUCUCACAGCACACUGACACGAGAGGGCGAUGUCGGGCUUCGCCCCCUUUAAGCCCUCGGAGCUGAACAAGGAGGCCCGCGAGAGCAUGCAGCAGAGCGGCUCGCUCAUCCCGUCGCAGUCCCGCCUCAGCAUCCCUCCGCCACCGCCGCCGGGAGGCCCUCCCGCAGGCGCCGAUCCGUACGACCGCUUCGGCUCACUGCCCGGCUUCGAGUCUGGGGACUCCGCCGCCGCGGACGCGCCGGCGGCGGUCGGCAUGUCUGAGGCGGAAGUGCGGCUCGCCAGCGGCAUUCCGCCGCCGCCGCCGCCCGGCGGGCCGCCUUCCGGGAUGCGCCCGCCACCGCCGCCGCCCAGUGGUCCUCCGGGCGGGAAGAGGCCGCGCGAGGCGGACUGGGUGGAGGCGGGCUCGGACGAGGGGUCGGACGAGGAGCUCGACCUGCGGGGCGGCGGCGUCGGGUCGUGCCCGCUGCCCGCCAUCGGCAGCGCGCCCCCAAACUCGACCGAGGAGUGGGCGAGCGUGCACGACACGCCCGCGCUGCACAACAUGCUGCAGGAGGACCGGGCCGAGGCGGAGAGGUCGCACCCGGACGUGCACCCGCUCCCGCCUGGCGCCUUCGACCUGCCCGGCCGCGUCGUCAAGCUCUCUGCGCUCGAGGAGUCGGCCGCAACAGAGGCCCUCGACGCGCCCUUCUCGAACAGCACGCGCACCGGCCGGCUAGUCGCGGCGCACUGGCCGGCCGCGGGGGCGGCCUUCGUGGCUGGAGGAGGCGCGGCGGGGGGCGGCUUCGCCCCCGAAGGCGACGAGACGCUGCAGGAGGCUGCGGAGCGGGAGGAGGAGGAGGAGUGGCGCAGGACAGACGCGGCGCUGCCUCCGCGCAGGCUUCUGGUCCUCUUUGGCGGCGGCGGCGAGAAGAAGCUGACCGAGGCCGACGGGCGGCCGCUAGUCGACCUCCUCGACGCGCACCCCGCUCUCCUCGCAAACACGGCCUGCCUCGAGCUCGUGCGGCCGCUGAGCGAGGCCGAGUGCCGCGCGCGCGGCGAGUCGGACACGCUGGGCGAGGUGUGGCGGGCGAUGGAGGAGAAGGUGCCGCUGGUGGUGGUGGACGCGGUGUGGGCGACCACGCGGCGUGUGCGCCGCCAGAUCCUCCACCGCCUCUCCAAGAAAGAGGUCGCCUCCGGCUACGUCUGGCAGGCGCUGCAGUCGGGCCCGCCGCUGCAAGGCGACGCGGGGCCGUCGCUCGAGGAGGGGUGGGCAGAGGUGCUGCCGCGCGAGGCCCUGUCGGCGCAGCUGCUGACCGUGCCAUGA